AUGUCACAUUCAAUGGUUGGUAGCUCAAGAGGCUCCUCCACGCCUAAGAAGAAUAGGGUGGGUGAUGAUGAUGAUGUUGAUUCUUCGAAUUAUGUCCGGCAGAAAUAUGCUCAGCAUGUUGAUGCUAGUUCAAGUAAGUGGGACAAAAUCCAGGUAUUCGAAGCAAUUGCUAUUUUGGAGAAGCGAGGUCCAUGA